GCAUUUUUUUAAUUCAUAAAACCACAGCUGGUUUACAAGCAAUUCGUUCUCUUAUACCCUCUGUCUAUCAUCCUUAGUGAAAACUUCAGUUUCUCGCCCACUAUGACGAAUGCUCGUAAAUGUGUAAGCGUGUUUAUGGCAUUUAAUAGUGUUUUCAUAUGACUACUAGAUGGAGCUGUUUAAAAUAUUUUUUAAUUCACACAACUUGCCUUCUCUGCACACUUUCGAAAGCAUCUUUACUCACUUCGCCGUCAUCAAGCAGAAGAAACCGGCUUUUGUGUCUUAACAACCCCAUGCAUCAGCGCACGCAGUUUGGAGUAAUCUGUGUGUAUUCCUUUCCCCGUGACUUCUUUUGCCUUUAAUUUCAUUUUAAUAAUAUAUCAACACUCGAAAGGAUAUAUAUAUGUGUGUACGUUUAAACAGAAAGAGGAAGAGAGCUACAUAUAAUUAUACACACAUUCAAAUGUAAGCAAACAUCUUAAGUGCAGAGACCAAUUAAUAGCCACUAUGGAUGCAAAUGAAGUAAAUGUGUUGGCAUGUCAAGCCCUAGUGAAAGACAGUGAACCUAGUUUUGAGACGAAUAACCAAAUUUCAGAGAAAAUUGACUGCCCUUGGAAUCACCUUCUCUCCAAUAACAUAAUGAGUAAUGAUAUAUCAGAACAAAAAGAGCUCCCUGUUGUCAGGAACAAAACUAACAGCAUUCAGACAAAGACUUUAAAUCGAAUACGUCGCAAGUCUCUACAGUAUAAUAUUGAAGAUAAUCCACCAUUGCAUCUUACGUUUUUGUUUGGAAUACAGCAAGCACUAUUAUCCUUAUCUGGGAGUCUAACAGUGUCCCUUACAGUUGCUAAUUUAGUGUGUGCUCAGGCAGAUGAAGAUUUCAAAGCAAAACUUUUAUGUACAACAAUGCUAAUGUCUGGUUGUUGUAGCCUUCUGCAAACAGUUAUUGGCAUUAGAUUACCCCUUUACCAAGGACCUAGUAUAGAAUAUAUGAUUCCAUUGCUAGCACUUUCAACUCUGCCAGAAUGGAAAUGUCCAGAUUACAAAUCAAUGCUUAAUGCAACCAACCAAUCAGAUAUUGAAAGAGAUUAUGAUAGCACUCUACUCAAGGUUCAGCUGCUUGAAGGAAGUUUGAUGUUGGCAGGGAUUGUUCACUUCCUUAUAGGUGCUACUGGUGUUGUAGGAGUAAUGAUGAAGUUCAUUGGACCAGUCACUAUAAUUCCAGCAAUGUGUCUUGUUGGCAUGGUCCUCUUUAAAGUAGCUACAAAAUUCUCCGAAUCACAUUGGGGCAUUGCAUUAUCAACUGCUGUUUUUGCUGGAAUUUUAUGUCUAUACUGUGAUAAGCUAAAUUGCUAUAUACCCAGUUGGAAUAAACAAAAACACUGUCAUCUCAUGAACUAUCCUUUACACAAAGUGUUUGCAAUACUGUUUGCUAUAAUAUUUGGUUGGAUUCUAAGUGACAUCUUAACCAAAGCUGGAGUUUUGUCUAGUAAUCCCCAAAACUCACAGUACUUUGCUCGGACAGACAGCAGAUUUCAUGUUGUACAUUCUUCAUCCUGGUUUUAUUUCCCAUAUCCCGGUCAGUUUGGUCCACCUAGUUUCCUAGCGUCUGCAUUCGUUGGUUUUAUAAUAGCUACGAUGACAUCUAUCAUUGAUUCAAUUGGGGACUACUAUGCAUGUGCUCGAAUGUGUGGUCUCCCACCCCCUCCUAGCCAUGCUGUCAACCGUGGUAUCAUGAUUGAAGGGUUUGCCAGUUGUCUUGCAGGGGCCUUUGGGGCUGGACAUGGCACCAGCACCUACGGAGGAAACAUUGGAGCAAUUGGAAUAACAAAGGUUGGAAGCAGACGAGUAUUUCAAAUGGUUGGCGUCAUCUUCAUUCUAUUUGGAGUCCUUGGAAAACUUGGUGCAAUUUUUGUGAUAAUUCCUUACCCUGUACUUGGUGGAGUACAAAUUAUCAGUUUUGGUAUUUUUAUUGGUCUAGUACUCUCCAACAUGAUGUAUAUAGAUAUGAACUCAUCUCGCAACUUAGCUAUCAUCGGCAUCUCACUUUUGUUUGGUUUAAUGGUACCCUAUUAUGUUUCUAGCUCUAAAAAACCUUUUGAUACAGGUUACGUAGAAUUAAAUAACAUAUUACAAACAUUGCUAGGAAACGCUAAUUUUGUUGGUGGUGCCUUAGCUUGCUUCCUUGACAACACAGUUCCAGGCACACUGGAAGAAAGAGGCUUCAUCGCAUGGCAAGAAAUAACUGUAGAUGAAUCAAAUGAAGAAAAAGCUGAUUCAUAUGGACUACCAUUUAUUAAUACAACCAAUACGAAGUCUAAGAUAUUUCAGUACAUUCCAUUUCUCCCUGGCUAUGUAUCUCCUACCUUAAGCUGUAGAUCCCGUUGUUGCAAACACAAGAAAAAUGUUGACAUAAAUAUUGCUUAGUUAAAUAAUGAAUAACAUCUGACAUUGCUUGUUAAAUCUAAACUGUGACUUUGUUGAGAAAAUUUAAACAUUUACUCAGGAUGCAAGAUUAUUUAUCUGUAAUCUAAUUUAAUAUAAAAUGUUAUGCUGUAGGAAUAUAUUUUAAAGGACAUGCACACAUUAAAUGAGAAUUUAACCCAAAAUAAAUAGACAGAAAACUAGUAGUACUUUUGAAAACAAACAAUUACUUAGUUGACGUAGUUAAUCAUGUACACAUAAUUGUAUUUUAGAUUUAUUCUUAAUGCUA